AUGUCGCUGUUUAUAUUUAAUGACCCUGAUAAUUUUUGGAUGUGUCCAUUUGAUCCGAAUCAUAAAGUCUUGGCGAAAAGAUUUCAAUAUCAUUUGGUACGAUGUGCAAAAGCAAAUCCAACAAUACGAAGAGUGAAGUGUGUAUUUAAUGCUUCGCAUUUAAUGAGACCAGAUGAAUUAAUUAAACAUAUGUCUACUUGUCCGGAUAGUGCUGUUUUAAGCGGUUUAGCUAAACUUGGUAUGUACACAACUUUUUAG